AUGUCGCCUCCCACGCAGACGCCUCCGCCGCAUCUAGGGCAGCAGCAGCAUCAACCACCGCAUCACCGACACUCCCACAGCUCCGGCAGCUAUGGACCGCCACCGCCUCGGCCGCCUGUUGGUGUAGGGCCGCCGCCACCCAGCUCCUUUGGCUCCGGUAGGGAUUUGCCCGCGCUCAACUCACUUACGCGAUCCUCGCCAGGCGCUGGCAGCUCCAUGUCGAUAUCGUCGAUGCUGGGCGGUCCGCCCCCGGCCUCACGCGAGUCGCAGCCUCCUCCCUCACACUACUCGCCGCACUCCGCUCCCCCGACCGCAUCAGCUCCUCAGUACGGCCCGUCUGUUCAUGCAUCGCCUCGUAUGCACUCGGCCUCUUCCGAAUACACCCCCUUUCGACGCCCCCAGACGCCAGACCAUCAACGAAACUACGACCCGCGCGGGAGCGCCGCCCCUUCUCCUCGAGGCCAUUACGCCACAACCCCUGAUGCUCAAAGAUAUGGUACGCCGCAGUCUUAUCAUGCCAGGCAUCCAUCAGCCCCUGCGGAAUCCGGACGAGAAACGGGCAGAAUAUCGGCUGGCCCGCCGAAUACGGCGGGCAAUCAGCCCAAGCCCUUCGGCAGCCUGCCGCGGCCGAUGGAUUUGGGGCGAGCGCCGCAAGAAGACCAGUAUGCACGCCGCGAUGACCCUCGCCAUGGCGCAGACUACCUAGAUCGCACUGCGCAGCGGCAUUAUCCUUUUGACGACCGAUACCGACUGGAGCGAGACAGGCAGACUGGCCCCGACCAACGAGAGCGAGAAGCGAGGGAGCAUGCAUACGCCGGUGGAGAACCGCGCCACGGCCCGCCAGAGCUCAACCCCCGAAACCAGCCAUCCUAUCCCAGGCAGCCAGAGCCAGCCGACCAACGCGAACCGCCUCGCGACCAUCACUGGGCUCGUCAGGCACCUGAUCAUAAUUAUCGCGCGCCCAUGGACCAUCAGCGUGGCCAUCCUGAAUAUCCUCCCGCGUCCGGCCACUACGCGCCCCAUGGCUCUGCUUACCAAACGGCGCCGCCUCAGCAUCAAGACCGCUACGCACCCACCUCGCAUCCCCAUCCUCAAGCCUCUGCGGGUGGCCCUGUGCAGCCCUACGACUCCCCCGACCGAGCCCCUUUAGAACGUAUGCACUCUGGAGGUCGCCCCCGCGAAGACCAACAGCAGCAGCCUCCUGCUGGGUAUCACAACCCAGCGCAUGGCCCCGCGCCGUACGACCCUGCCCGACAGAGAAACGGGGAUGAGCAGGGCAGUCAAAUUCAUCAGCGCAACCUUCUGGGUGUGCAGGAGAUGAAUCGAAAAGGGCGUAUGUCGCCGCUCCCACAAGCAGUACAGGGCGCCCAGCCACAACAGCCAGGACCCGCCGGCGAGCCAGGCAUCAAGAGUGAAUUUGGUCGCAUGUUUGCCGGCAUAGGUAGUGGUGUAGGCAAUAUGGGUGCAUCCAGCCCUGUUACAUCUGCGCCCAGCGGGCAGGCCGGUGCUGCUGCCCUGUCCAAAGACGAAGACCCUGCUGAGGGUGCCAAGAAGCCGAGAAGAAGAAAGCUCAAAGAUGACGUGGACAGGCCUGACGAUGAGAGCUCGGGAAGACGUACUCCUGUUGGACGAGGGGCUAAGCGCGUCAAAGGCCAUCACCAUCAUCACCAUCACCACCAUCACCAUCAUGCGCCCGAUUCAGUGUCUUCGCCGUUGGUUGGGAUAACGCCACUUAAGAGCGGCAAAUCCGGCACGCCAAUCGAGAACGCAACAGACAAGGCCGCAGCCGCAGCGCACCAUCACCAUCAUCACCAUCAUCACCAUGCCGGACGACCUGGACAAAGUACCACGCCUCAACCGAAGCCCGCUGAAAUACAAGCUCCCGUCAUUCCGCCAAAGACGAAGACCGUUGUAUCGUCCAAGGCUGUCCUGGAGUCGCUAUCACACAAACCCCGACAUCACCUCGGGGACUUUGUCUACGAGACAGAAAUCAAGACAGGAAGGCUGGUGCCCCGAGCAUCCACCAACCGUGGCUUCUCCUCAACACCUAAGCCUCUGCCCCUGGAGCGCAUCAAGGGCAAAGAGAAUAGCACAUUGACGAUCAAGGUUCCUCGCAUCCACCUCACACCUGUUGCGAGAGAGGAGAUUACCGCCAGAGCGUUCUUGUGGGGGACCGACGUAUACACCGACGACUCUGACCCAGUUGCGGCCUGCAUUCACGCCGGGUGGAUCAUGGGAGAAUGGACUGAAGACGUGGACACUGCCAUGCUUAGUUUGUAUGAGACUAACGGCGUCAAGGAGAACAAAAAGCAAAAGGUACCUGCAGAGCUAUCCUCUGAAGGCAUCAUCUCAUCAGUCCCCAAAUCUGGCCCGAUGCCAAUUCCAGCAGACAGGGAUUUGCACAUCAAUGUUAUCAUUGUGCCGCGUCUUCUCAAGUACGGUGGCUGCACCAGGUUCGGCUUGACCAGCCGCGAAUUCGGCGGCGAGUUUGGCAGUCGUCACGCUGUGCACGAUGGUGUCAGCUAUAUGAUUGAGAGCAUCCGAUGGGUCGCCAACGGUGGACAGCCGCAAGCCCGCCUCCGCGGCCAAGCGCGACGCGACCGCAUGCGCAAGGCCAUGGUCGAGGUCAACGCCAGCCUUGGUAACAUCACCGGCCUGGAACGCGCACUGGAAAAAGAACGCAUAAGCAAGCUGCGUAGCGAGAUUACGAGCAACUGGUGGAAACAAGCGGAAGCUCAAGACGGUAGUGGUGUUGCCGAGAAGACGAGCACUGCCCACGGAUCGCCGUCGGACAAAGAGAACCGAACGGCCGCUCCCGAUGCCAAGACCGCGGCCGAUGCUGCUGUGCCUGUGCUGAAGGAGAUUUCUGCCGAAAAGGAUGUCGCAAUGGGCGAGGGAGAGGACAUGAAGCCUAAGGACGCAGAUGAGCUGGGGCAGCUGGCGGCAUAG